AUGCCAGCUCGUCGCAGUCAGCGUUCUGCUGCCGUAAAGGCGAAAGAAGCAAUUACUGAUGAUGCUUACGACACCCUGCUGUCGUCACCGCGAUCAGGCCGCAUGGCAGCAGAGAAUGUCUCCAGUGCGACGGUCUCACGUGGUGCUUUCGGGUCGACCAGCGGCUCACAAUCAUUAAGUUUAACAGUUAAAACAUCGUCAAGCAAGCUUCGACAAGUCACGGGCUCCAGCCCGUUGGCUCAAUCCGCAACGGCAAGCAGUAUGAAGGGUUUUGGCGGCGGUGAGAUAAUAGAGGGGAAACGGCCCAGGAAUGUCAGGAAAAGCUAUGUUCUGGAGUCUGAUAGCGACGAGGAUGAGGAUGAUGAAAUGGAAGAUGUUGGUGAUGAUGAUGUAGAAGGUGACGAGGACGAGGAAGAGGACGAAGAUGAUGAGGAUAUGGACGCUGAGGAUGAUGGUUUGGGGGAAGAGGACGCGGAUGGUGAUAUCGAUAUGGAUGCUCCACCGCCUCCAGUCAUUAAAAUCUCAAGGGCUCAGUCUGGAAAGCAGACCAUUACUGCCAAGCCAGCUCCCAAAGCCGAUAUCAAGACGGUCGAGCAGAAAGAGGUUGAUCUUGGCAGUGACGAUGAGGAAUUGAGCGAGUUGGAUAGCGACCUUGGCGAGGAGGUUGAAGAGGAAGAAACGAUGCAGACUGGCAACGAGGAUGAUGCCGAGGGCGAAGAUGAAGAGAUUGAGGAGAUUGAAGUCGAAGAUGAAGUAGAAGAGGAAGAUGAGGAGCUGGAUAGCGAUGACGAUACUCCAGGUGGUGGUAGUCGAGCUUCGACGCCUGACAUCAACAAAUUGACCAAAAGACAGAGGGCGAGGCUCGAAGAAGGUGGCAGUGGUCAUUUGCUAGCCUUACCUGACGAAGUCCAGACGAAGAAGCACCUCACAGCAGAAGAGCAUGCCAUGCGACGUGCUGAGAUGGCCCGGAGAAGGAAGAACCUCAGCGAGAAACGAAAUGAGGAGGAAAAGAUGGAAACAAUCAAUAAGCUGCUUAAAAAACAAGCCCCCAAAACCAAUGCCCGUCGCAGGGACUUUAACGGCGUAGGGGGUGACGGCACGCCGGACUCGGACGGCCAGAAACCAAAUCCACUUUUCGUGAGAUGGGUCAGCAAUAAGGAUGGAAAUUUCAUCGGCGUCCCGGAAGAAUGGUUGGAGGCGCCAGUAGGCAGUCUGUUCCAGAAUAGCACCAAGGCGGAGGGUAGAAUGGGUUCGAAAUUGAUCGAGAAAGUAUCCUAA